AAUUAAUAUGGCUGACUUGACAACUUUGCGAAGUCAAAUCAAUCAAUGGACCCUAGAUCAAGAUAACAAAGUAUGAAUAAUAGCUUAACUUACUUUAGACCUUCACAAAAUUAGAUCAGAUGAGUACCAAUCUGCUUACAAAAUUUGGAGCUGUGUCAUCUGACAUCCGAUCAGUUCAACAUUAAGCCAACUCUAUCCAUGCUCAAAUCAAUCAGGCUUUCAAUAGAUUUCUAACUUUGAGCGAUAGCCGCUUCACUGAAUAAGUAUUUUGUUUAAAGAUCAUUUUAAGAGAAUGGCCCCUCCAUAAGAAGCUCCUCCGAAAGCAGCACCCCCCUAGAACAAAGACGAAGGCCUCUCAACUGCUCAGAAGUACACCAAGGCCUUAGGCAUAGCAUUACAAUCUCUUGAUUUGUAAUAGAUGGCACAAGACGGUACAAAAUAUCUCGAAUUUUCCUAGAUGACAUAUUUGAUGACAGAGAUGACAAGUCAAUCUCCGUCUUCUCUGCAGCCACCACCAGCGGUACUGUGAGUAAGUCUGUUAAGUUGCCAGCCAUGUUUGGUACACCCCAAUUCAACAAUAACAAAUUUAUUGGUAUUAUUCCACACCAAACUUAGGUCUUUUUGAUGACUUUGAUGAAGCUCCCAUCCAAGAGCCAGUUCGUCAAUCUGCUCCUGUCCCUGCAUACAGAUAAUCGGAAGCACAACCUUAACAACAAGGCUUCGCCAAUUAGUAGUCUCAAUAGGUUCAACCUUAGGCUCAAUAGCAAAUUAGAUAAUCCAUCAAAUAAGAUCAAUCUUAAUUCUUAUAUAGUGGAGAUAACAAUUAAUUCAUCACGCGCACCAACUCUGCUCUAGGCAAUUCAAUGAUGAAUUCACAAUUAGGAUUUGUAGACCCUCAAUAAAAGGAAGCCUUUAACCAAGCAUUUGCACCCCCAUAUCAAUAACAACAAUAAUAAGGGUACCAACCACUACCUCCUCCUCAAACACAAAGACCAACAGUGGUUGAUGCUCCUCCCCCUCCUCCUCUGCCUCCUCCUACCCAACAACCCUAAUACACUUAACCUUAAACCGUAGUGCAAUAACAACCUGCAUAAUAGUUUGCUCCAACUCUCUAAGAUUAACUGAAUAGUUUAAUUUAAAAGUAGAGAGAACAAAAUCCUCCUACCAUUUAGCAGUAGCCAAAUUAUAGCACUUAGCAAUAGGAAUAACCACCAAUUCCUGAAUAGAGAAAUCCACAAUAACCAAUAAAGGUAUUUUAACCACCAAGUGUAAUUGGAGCACCUGCGUAUGCAAAAGAAAAGGAUAAGAUUAUGAGUUUGUUUGAUGAGGAUGAUGACGAUGACAAUGAAGGUGGUUUAUUUAAAUCUACAACCACAAAUAAAAAUAAAUUCAACAACCUACUAACAGAUGGAGUUGCAAAACAAGAAUAAAAUUAAAAGCCAGCAGCUGUUGUUAUCAAAGAAGAAGAAGAUCAAGAUUUCAGUGUGUAACCUAGAGUUCAAAGUGUUAAGCCUCCUCCAAAAAAACAACUAUUCGAUGAGACAGAAGAAGAGACUCUUUAAAAAGCAAAUGCAGAUAAGAUUGCUGCUAUUUAUACAGUCCAACAAUAACAGCCAAAACAAGAAUAACCAAAAUAAUAAGUGCCUCCUCCUAAAUUGACACCUUCAAGAAAUGCUUUUGAGGAUUCAGAUGAUGAGAAGAAAAAGGAACCUUAAGUUCCAGUCAAACAAGCAGAAUAAUUAGCUGUUUCAGCUGAAGAACCAUAAGUUAGACCUUCCAUUUAAUAAUUACAAAAUAGAUUGAAUUUGAACAUGUUUAUGAAACCCCCUGGAGAGUAGGUCACCAUGAAGGAUAUCAAAAAGAAUGAAAAGGAACACGAGUCUGAAUUUGUUGAACAAUAAGCUGAAAGACCAAUUGUAUAGAAGAAGAAAGCUAGAGGAAGACAGGCCCUUGACUUCGAUGAUGAUGAUUCUAAUAAGAAAUCUAAUAAACCAGCUUUUGUUAUAAAAGAGAGAACCUAAUAAACUCAAAAAGCUGAAGUGGUCAUCGAUAGAACAUCAUAUAGAGAGUCCAUUAAAUUGAGUAAAUAAACCGAUUUUGAGGUUCCAAUAACUUUGGAAGUCAAAACUGAAAAGAAGGAUAUUCAAGUGACAAUCAGUCAACCAACCCAACAACUACCAAGUCUAAGUUCGAAUAAACCAGCCUAAUAAUCAGAUCCACUAGCAAAAAAGAAUAUAGGAAAAGAAUUUGAACAAAAGUAAUUUAUUUACUUACUUGAUUUAGAGGCUUACCAAAUUUCUUUAAUGACCCUCUUGGAGGAGGAGGAAAGAAAUAAUAACAAUAGCCAGUUUAGAUAAGUAAUCUUCCAGGCUUUGGAGGUAAGCACUAAUUAAGUAUCCUAGGCAAAUCGAACACAUAGACAACAACUGUUUAAGCAGCAGUCACUCCCACAAUAGCUAAGCCACAAAGAAAGAAUAUGUUCAGUGAUGAAGAAGAAGAUGCAGUUCCGAAAUUGCCUAUGCCAGGAUAGAGAAAUGAGUAAAAUCUCAUUAUUAUAGUUGACCUUCGAGAACGUCUAUUUAAUAGCAAUAACAAAUUGCCCCUCCCCAAUAGAAACCAUAAAUGAAGAAGA